UCCUUCAUCAACGGGACGUCAAUUGGUGGCUGUGGAGACUUCGACACCCCCUGAAUCUUCAAUGGAUACCACAAGCAGGCCGGGUCCCACUAUACCCCCAUCUCCAACCCCCAUUCCUUCGUCAACGGGCCGUCAAAUGGUGGUUGUGCAGACUUCGACUCCUCCUGACCCGUUCAGUUUUUCCAUGCCUAGUCCGUGGAUUGGUGCUACAACCAGACUUUCUGAUACCCUCACGUCUUCGACCCUGUUGGAUACCACUCCUGUUGCUAGUGCCACGGAAGUUCCAUGUCUGCGGAUAUACCCUCAUCUACUAUGCUUUUUAAUUCUAUUUUGACUGCAUUAUAUCCUACCUCAACCGCUGUGCCCGCCUCCUCUAUUUCCAUUCCUCCGCCAGUGACUUCCAUUUAUUCUAUCCUCCCCGUAUUGGAUUCUACGACAAUAUCUACUUCCUCCUCAUCUUCACCGACUUUGACGUCCGUUCAUUCCAUGCUGUCUUUAUCAGAAUCAUCUACUUCAGGCCUCGCGCCGGAGUCGCAACCUUCGACAAUCGUUUAUUCCAUCCUACCUGUAUCCGAUUCGAUACCCACCACCGAGUCUUCAACACUCGCUUAUUCCAUCUUGCCUGUAUUGGAUGCUUCUACUCCCGUUGUACCUACAUCGACACUCGUUUAUUCCAUCCUUCCUACUUCUACUACCACCGCCAUCAUUUCACCUACUCCCACGACAGCAUCCGAGUCCUUGACAUCCAACUUUCCCUUACCUAGCGUCACGGUCGCCCCUGCAAAAGAUGUGUACCAGUCCACCAGUGUUCCUGGAGCUCCCAUUACUCUCGCAGAGAGCCGAUCGUCGGAAGCGGUGGACUCGUCCUCCUCCUCGCUGUCUUCAUCUGCGAGUGAACCAUCCAGUUCCAGUCAGCGUAUCAACAACUUGGCUCUUCAGCCCACAGCAGACCCAGGUAUCAACAGUCUUCCAGUGACAGUGAUUACGAGUGGGAGUAUAACGCGUACGUUUGUUGUACGUCCGACAGUUGGGAUCACGGGUGUUGGUGGAGCGCCAGGGGAUGGGGAAGCGAGGGGCCUGCCCUCCUCCGGUGAUACAAGAUCUCACCCCAAGGCUCUUCCAAUUAUCCUCGGGUCGGUACUUGGCUGUGCAGCGAUGAUAGGACUGUUGCUUUUCGUUGUGUGCAGGAGAAGGAGACUUCGACGUUGGCAUCGGCUGCCGGAGCCGUCAUUCCGAGACGUGUAUGAGCCAGCGUUGGAUGCUAGCAGGCACAGUUCGAGGUUUUUGAACCCGUUUUCGGAUAUUGAUGAUGAUUGGUCGAUUAUUGCUCCCGGAGAUGUUGAGAGGCCUGUUUCUGCGACGACGACGGCGAGUACGUUGGCUUUUGCGCCUUCGCAGGGGGAUGGGGAUGAUUUGGAUGUGUCUGAGCGUUGGGAGACGCGCCGGACGAGGUGGUUAACGUUGUCGCCUCCUGCUAGGUGGUAAAGAUCUGUUUUAUUUUAUUUUUCAAAUACGUUAGUUCAUUUGUUGUAUUUAUGGUUUUUAUGACUAUUUUACAGCGUGGUACGCGAUUUUUACCAGCUGGCAGUUGG